UGCGCGAAGCAGUCCCUCAGUUGUCGCGUCGCCACUGGGCGAUGCUGGCCCCCAGCAAUGCGAAUGCACUUGGGUGAUAUCGCCGGUGCUGAUAACUUGGAGUGCUGCGCCCUCUGGAAUGUUCCAUGGCGUUCCCACUGCUUGCAGUAACUGUCUUCGUAAUAUUACGGCUGUCACUUUGUCACGCACUUGGCGACACGAAAGGGGGUGCCCUUCGAAGAUUGGGAUGCAAGGAAAGGAAUGGCAUACAUCUCCGCAGCUGUUACGAUUACAUCAUAGUGGGCGCCGGCUCAGCAGGAAGCGUUGUGGCUAACCGGCUCUCGGAGAGCGGCAACUACAGCGUCCUUCUCCUCGAAGCCGGUGGCGAAGAGACGCCAGACCUCAUGGUUCCUUUCAUGGCACCCUUUGCAGCCAACAAGAACAACAGCUGGCAGUACGUCACAGUGCCGCAAAAGCAUUCGAGCUUUUCCUUCCCAGGACGUGUGGCUGCCAUUAAUACGGGAAAGAUUCUCGGCGGCACCAGUUCCAUCAACUCCAUGGUCUUCGUGCGGGGAAGCCAACAUGACUUCAACCGAUGGGAAAGUUAUUACAAGGCCAUUGGAUGGAACUACUCAAGCGUGUUGCCCCACUUCAAAGCCAUCGAGACAUUCAACGUGAGCGAGGUGCCUGAACACGUCAAAUCGUACUACCACGGAAGGACAGGGGAAAUACCAAUCAAUUACCCCCGCUACAGCACACCGCUAAGCUACCACUUCCUCAACGCCUGUAGCGAGUGUCCCUACGAGUACGUUGACUACAACGGCGAUAAACAAUCAGGUUAUUCGAGAGCACAAUGCAACACAGCUGCUGGAGUGAGGAUGAGCGCGAACAAGUGCUUCCUAACGAGCGUGCGCCAGAUUCGUGAGGGUCACCUACACGUGUCUACGAAAAGCACUGUCACUAAGAUUCUUUUUGAGAAGAAACGAGCCAUCGGCGUACAGUUCAUCAAAGACGGCAAAGUUACGAGUGUGUCUGCUGGCCGAGAGGUGAUAUUGUCUGCUGGUGCCAUAAACACGCCCAAACUGCUGAUGCUGUCCGGGAUCGGGCCUACCGAGGAGCUAAAGAAGCACAAAAUUACAAGAGUGGCCAACCUGCCGGUAGGAUGGGGCCUCCAGGACCACGUCGUUUUCUUGGGCCUUGUGGUCACCACAGACAAAGAUUAUAUAGGACUGAGUGACUUGCAGAAGAGCGAAGAAUUGUACAAGCACAACCAAACAGGACUGCUGACGCUACCCGGUGCCAUCGAAGUGUUGAUCUUCACAGACAGUGGUGCAGUGAAAGGUAAACUCAAGGAUUACCCCGACAUAGAGGUGCAGCUCACUGACGUAUUUCCUGAUGCCAACAUCAGCCGGUCGCCGUACGUUUCUGAACAAAUAUACGAACAGUACUACAAGCCUAUGCUACAGAAGAGUGGCUUCAUGUGCGCAGUGGUAAUGGUGCGGCCGAAGUCCCGAGGCACCGUCCGGCUGCGUUCAUCGGAUCCCCAAGACCCACCUCUCAUCGAUCCGCGGAUGCUGUCCAAAGAAGAGGAUGAAGAUCGGAUGGUGUAUGGCGUGCUGAAAGCGAAAAAGCUAUUUGACACACCGGCCAUGAAGAAGAUUGGUGCUCAAGUUUGGAAUGGAUCGUUCCCGGCUUGCAAGAAAUACGCCAUCUGGAGUCGUAAAUACGUGAGAUGUUUCGUCAGGAACGCUGCAUUUCCUGCUCAGCACGUGUGUUGCACAUGCGCGAUGGGUGACCACAAAGGAGCGGUUGUCGACGCGAGGCUCAGGGUGUAUAAGGUGAAGAAUCUCCGAGUCAUCGACGCUUCAGUGAUGCCUAAAAUCACUGCGGGUGGCACCAACUCACCGGUGAUGAUGAUCGCCGACAAAGGAGCGAAAAUGGUACUAGAGGACGCCAUUGCUCAAGACAAGAAGCUAGAGAUUCAGACAGGAGCUAAAGCUGAGAAAAAAAUCCCAACGAAGCCAGCAUCCCAUUAAUCAUACCCUAUUUGUC